AUGGUGUCUCCAGGAUUUACAGCAUUAACAGGAUGUUUUGCUUACGCAUCGAACUUGAAAAGACCUCAAAAAAUGAUUCCUCGUGGAUUAUGGUGGUCGUUUGGAGUUUACGUCCUUCUUUGGCAUGUUACAAUUAUUCUCAUUGCAUUAUGUAGUGAAAGGCAGUUCCUUAUUGAUAAUAUUGUUGCACCUUUAGUCUCAUUUAAUGUAAAUCGUUGGAUUUGUUUAGUCACUUUCAUUGUUUUCGGUUUAUACAACUCCAUGAGCUCCGUUAACUCAGAAGUUGGCUAUCUAGUUGACUUAGCAGCUGAUGAAUUGAUUCCUCCGAUCAAAUGGCAUUAUAAUUAUUGGUUCCCACUUGCUAUUACAGCAAUUUUCGUUGCAAUAGGUAAUUUGGACUUCACAGCUAAUAUCAAUACCAUUUUCUUCCUUCAAAUCUCUUUUGUCAUGAAUAUGUGUGUAUUCAUUGCAUCAAUGUUACAUAUUCCAGGCUAG